UCCGAAAGAUUGGGCAAAAAGUAUAAAAGAAGAAGUAGCCCUGUUCGGUGAUUCGGCGUAAAAGAUGGAGGAGAUGCAGCAGUUGCUAAACAUGGGCUUCCCAAACGAAUUGGCAGCGCAAGCCCUGUCCGCCACCGGUGGCAAAUCAACCCUGAAAGCCACCGAGUGGAUUCUCAAUCACAAAUCCUCCACCACUACCACUUGUACCACUUUUUCUACGCCUAAACCCUCCCAACCCAAACUCGACCGCUUCUUCCCUCUUCAAUCCAAACCCUCCAACAAUCCCUCAUCUCCCACACCCUCAAUCCAAAUCCACCAAACUGAACAACAAGAGCAAGAACAAGAACAAGAAUUGCAACAACAAUCCAAGCGGCCCAAACUAAAUAGCCCCCAUCCCCACCAGCCCUUACCGGAGCGCAUGCGUCCUCGUACCAUAUACGACGUCGUUGGCCAAGACCACCUUCUCGGCACCAACUCCCUCCUUCGUUCCGCAAUCGAAUGCAAUCGCCUUCCUUCCAUUGUCUUCUGGGGCCCUCCCGGUACCGGUAAGACCUCCAUUGCCAAAGCUAUUGUUAAUUCCACUUCCGCUUCUUCUUCUUCGUAUAGAUUCGUUUCCUUGUCGGCUGCCACUUGUGGAGUUAAGGAUGUCAGGGACGCGGUUGAGGGCGCUAGAAAACUAAGACUAUCUAAGAACAAGAGGACUGUGCUGUUUGUGGAUGAGGUUCAUCGGUUUAACAAGUCGCAACAGGACUCUUUCUUGCCCGUCAUUGAAGAUGGGAGUGUUGUCUUCAUUGGUGCCACCACAGAAAACCCAUCUUUUCAUUUGAUUACGCCUUUGUUGUCUCGGUGUCGGGUUCUGACUCUUAACCCUUUGAAACCGCACCAUGUUGCCCUGCUACUCGAGCGGGCUUUAAACGAUCUGGACAAGGGAUUGACACAGAGUGUAGGAACGCACCUUGAUGUGAAUGGGGAAGCUAUUGAGUUUAUAUCCGCGAAUUGUGACGGGGAUGCUCGGGUGGCAUUGAAUGCCUUGGAGAUUUCCGCUAUUACGGCAGCUGCCCGGGUUCCCGUUAAGGAGGAGGAGCCUAGAGCCCGUGGUGAGGAUCAUGUGGAAAAUGAGGAAGCUGGGGUUGGUUCGUUUGCAGCCAUUGUCACUUUGGAUGAUGCUAAGGAGGCAAUGCAGUGCAAGCAUCUUGCUUAUGACAAAGCUGGGGAGGAGCACUAUAAUUUGAUCAGUGCCCUCCAUAAGUCUAUGAGAGGAAGUGAUGCAGAUGCUGCGAUUUAUUGGUUGGCAAGAAUGUUAGAAGGAGGUGAACAGCCUCUCUACAUUGCUCGGAGAUUAAUAAGGUUUGCGAGUGAGGAUGUUGGUUUGGCCGACCCGUCUGCUCUCAACCAGGCUGUUGCGUGCUACCAAGCCUGCCACUUUUUGGGAAUGCCCGAGUGCAAUGUGAUUCUUGCACAAUGUGUGGCUUAUUUGGCUUUGGCUCCUAAGUCUGUCUCUGUGUAUCGAGCUAUCGAGGCUGCACAGAAUGUAGUGAGGGAAUCAGUUGGACAGAAUGAGGGAGUGCCUCUUCAUCUGAGGAAUGCGCCAACUAAAUUAAUGAAUGAACUUGGAUACGGAAAGGGCUAUAUUUACCCUCCUGACAGUGACACUCCCUUUUCAUCACAGAGCUAUCUGCCACCCUCACUUCAAGGUUACAAGUUCCUCGAUUGGCCUACAAGUAAUACAACCUAUAUGGAUGAGAAGCCUUUACUCCCCGCCGGGAGUUUUUAAAGUACUUCUUCUAUUAUGGUUACUUCCCCUUUUUGUGGAUGGUGGUUUAUUAUUGUACAAAUUUGGUGCCUGCCUUACACCAAAGUCAAAUGUACCGACUACUCCUUAUUAUAUAUAGGAAAUGGUUGAA